AACACCAUCAGCCAUGUCCGCCGUCAGCAGCUCAAACACAGCCUUUGCCUUGGAGCUGUUCCGCACUCUGAGCCAGACAAACCCUGCUGGGAACAUCUUUGUCUCUCCUCUGAGCAUCAUCUCAGCCCUGGCCAUGGUCUACCUGGGAGCUAAAGGAAACACUGCAGCUCAGAUGGCUCAGGCCCUCUCAUUCAGCUCAGGUGAAGGCGUCCAUGCAGACUUCCAGAAACUGAACGCUGACAUCAACUCACCAUCUGCAUCCUACAUCCUGAAACUAGCCAACCGUCUUUAUGGAGAAAACACUGCCCACUUCCUCCCAGACUUCCUUGAAGCCACACAGAAGUACUACCAGGCAGACCUGAGGGCUGUGGACUUCAUCGGAGCUCCAGAGGCGUGCAGAGCAGAGAUCAACAGCUGGGUCGAGCAGCAGACAGAAAAUAAGAUAAAAGACCUUCUGAAGCCAGGAACAGUCGACAAAGAUACCAGACUGGUUCUGGUCAAUGCUGUCUACUUCAAGGGCAACUGGAGGAACCCAUUUGAUGAGGCAAACACCGAAGAUGUGCCCUUUAAAGUCAAACAGAAUGAGAUCGUAACAGUCCAGAUGAUGCACCAGAAGGAGCAGCUUCCCUACAACUACAUUGCUGACCAUGAUUUGCAGAUCCUGGAGCUGCCCUAUGUGGGUGAGGAGCUCAGCAUGUUCAUUCUGCUGCCUAAGGAGUCCUCAGACGGCUCAGACCCUCUGCUGAAGUUGGAGAAGGAGCUAACACAGGAGAGGCUGAAUGAAUGGACCGACAGGAAAAACAUGGAAGUUGAUUCAGAAGUUCUUGUUCAGCUGCCAAAGUUCAAGCUGGAGGAAGACUACGAGUUGAAUGAACCUCUGGCUAAACUGGGUAUGAAGGACGUGUUCUGUGCAGAAAGAGCUGACCUGUCUGGCAUGAACGGUGAAGGGGGGCUCUUUCUGUCUACGGUGGCCCACAAGGCCUUUGUGGAGGUUAAUGAGGAGGGCACGGAGGCUGCUGCAGCCACAGAUGCUGUGAUCAUGCUGCAAUGUUAUAUACCGGACAUACUCUUCGGAGCAGAUCACCCCUUCCUCUUCUUCAUCAGGCACAAUGAGACCAAGUCCAUCCUGUUCUUUGGCAGAUUCUCAUCCCCUCAGUAG